AUGGAUCCUCGAGACUCAGCAUUAGAUCUUUCUCAGAAGCUCAAAGAACAGAUUGCUAAACCAGUCGAGAUACUUCGCAACCCGGAUAUAACAUACGAUGACGCCUCCAACGCUCUUUCUUCCAUUCGAAAUGCUAUAGCUGGAGCCAGUGCCAAAUUUCCUUCUGCAGGAGUCAAGCAUGAUUUAUCCCAAUUGACCAAACAAGCUGGAUCACCACUUGAAGAUAAGGAUGGUAACGAUUUGGAUAAAGUGGGAGGUGUUUUAGCGGAUGUCAUCAAAGAUGUCGUUGAAGCUGUUAUGAAUAUCAAAGAUGAUCUGAAGAAGAUGCCUUUGAUCGGCUCACUCAUACUUGAGAUUGACACGGGCCUCAAUACACUCUUGGUAGGUCUUCAACUUGUCCUUUCGGGAGUCGUCGAAGUCCUCAGAGGUCUUCUUUCCGGUGUAUCGGGUUUACUCCAAAAUCUCGGUAACGGAUUGACUUUUGGUCUCAUCUUUGGGUAG